AUGGGCGGCGACCUCAACUUGAAGAAAUCAUGGCACCCCUCCCUCCUCCGAAACCAAGAGCGCGUAUGGGCAGAAGAAAAACGCGCGCUGGAAGAGCGCAAACGCAUCGACCAGCUCCGGCGCGAGCGCGACGAAGAGCGGCAAAUCCAAGAACUCCAACGGCUACAAGAAGGGUCCGGGAAACCGAAGCAGAUCCAGCGCGUGGACUGGAUGUAUCAGGAGCCUGGGGCCGGAGGAGCAGGUGGAGGAAUGUACGCGGAGGAAAUGGAGGGGUAUCUUUUGGGGAAAAGACGGAUCGAUGGCGUUCUGUUGAAGAAAGAUGGCGGCGAGACGGAGGGGUUGAAGAAGGGGGCGGAGUUUAAUGCGACGCUUGGAGGUGGUGGUGCGGUGGCGCAGGCGAAUCCCAGAGAUACUAUGGCCAAGGUGUUGGCGGAUCCGCUGUUGGAGAUCAGGAAGAGGGAGCAGGCGGCGUUGGAGGGGAUGGUUAGGGAGGAGGUUAGGAAGGGAUCUUCUUCAAAGGGAGAGAAGAGGGAUAGGGAUAGGGAUGGUCAUAGGGAGAGGAGGAGGGAGAGAGAGAGGAGGCAUCGGUCGAGGUCGCCGGAGAGGAGGCGGAGAGAUACACUUGAUCGGGAUGAUAGGAGGAGCGAGAGGGAUCAUAGAAGAGAGAGGGACAGUGAUCGGGACUACCAUCGCUCUAGCAGACAUCGGGAUCAUCGAGAUCGUGAAGACCGGUAUGACCGGCGAGAGUCGCGACAGGAUCGAUCCCCUGCGGAUCGCCAUCACUCUGACAGACGGCGAGCCGAUGAUCGGAGAGAAAGCGAUGGGCACAGAGAUUCUCGAGACAGAGACCGUGAGCGUGAUCGCAGAGACCGAGACCGAUCCAGUCGCUACCACCAAGAUAAGAGAGACUAUCGUCCGCGAGACAGAGACACAUACACCCGCGACAAGCCCAGCCCCGAAGAAGCGGAGCAGAAGCGCAAGCAGCAAGAGGAAGAACGACAGCGCAAGCUAGCAGAGAUGCAAGCGAACGCGAGCGAGAUGGAAGAUGCUCGUCGACAGCGCAUUGCGGAGGUCACUGCGAUGGAAGAGAAGCAGCAUGAAGAAGAUGAGAAGCAUCGCUCGGAGAAGGGUCGCUUUGUGUCUGGGCUGCAUAAACAGCUUCAGGAGGAUAGUCUCGAUGAGCGAAUUAAGCGCAGUCGGGGUGGAUUGGCUCGUAUGGAUGAGGAUUAA